AUGGCGGCGGGAACGAUUCGAAAAAGUUUUAAAGCCAUGGACGCAUCAUUCAGAGAAUUACCAGACGGAGGAAUUUGUGAGGCAUGUGGUCGGGAGUACAGAUCAAAGUGCGCCCUGCUAAAGCAUAUUAGAAUUAAACACGACCAACAGAAACUUGCCUUUACUUGUGAUGAUUGUAACAAACGUUUUUCUGACCGCCAGCAGUUGAAUGCACAUUUGGAGAAGCAUGACAAGUGCGAAAGAUUUAAGUGUGACACUUGCAGUCAAACAUUCACAUACAAGCACAACCUUACAAGGCACAUGAAAAAACACCCCACUCCAAAGGUUCACACUUGUAGCUACUGCAGUCAGGAGUUUGGGAGAGGGGACACCUUACUACAAGACAUUAGAGUAGUGCACGACCAAGCAGCCAAGUACACUUGCAACAUCUGCGGCGGCUGCUACAGAUGGAAAUUUAGCCUACGGCGGCACAUGAAAAAACAAGCAUGGAGGAAUUUAAGUCUGAGGAAUAGACAUUGA